ACAUUGAAAGCUUGAAGGAUUGCUCGGUUAACCAAUCGGAGUAUACGCUUUAGAAACAUGGUGGGGGAGUGUCCUUGGACGGACUGAGGGCUGCAAAAUGAAAGUUUAUAGAUCCGAAUGAGCAAAAUGCAUUGGUUUCAAAGGGAUACAUUACAGUUUCGGGAGGAAGAAAACAUACUAUGUAACCACUGUAACUAGCUUUAUGCAAAACUGAAGUGGUCUUGCAGUCAAAUAUUCCUUCCACAAAGACCACAAACACUUGAACUUCAGCACCUAUCUUUGGGCGGAUAAAUAACUACGUUUGUUGUGGGAGCAAGCAGGUAACUUUUCGCACUACGGAAAAACUGAGAGGAAAAGCGUGGCUAUAUGUUGAAUUUACGCAGCACGUUUGAUCUUCAGAAAGAUGUCAUUCAGAUUUUGGAAAGGGAUUACCCGGCUAAGGGGACAGAAUACUCUGCUAGUUCUAAGGUUGAAGGACAAGUACAGAUUGUUCACAUUGAAAGAGAUGGACAUAUUCUAUAUGAAUGGAAGGGAACAUCUGAAACAUCUAUUGGAGGCUAUGACCCUUUCACAAAACAAAACAAGCUGCUGUUCACUUUUGACAAGGAGGUUUGUGUAAUAAGCUGUUCGGUCAACAAAGAAAGGACCUUGCUGGCUGUCAGUAUCCUACAGGACAAAAAGAGGAGUACCAUAAAUGAGCCUCUCCGGGCAGUUUCAAAAUGUUUAACACUCCUCAUUGAGAUUCAUCCCAUAAACAAUACUAAAGUGUUGAAAGCUGUUGACAGUCGAGUAAGAGUGCAGUUUCUGUACCCGUAUUCAGAAAACACUGCUGUACUGGAAAGUCAUUUGUUGCUCAUUUCAGAGGACAGCUAUAUUGAGCAAUUCCAUAUAAGCCUUUCCACAGAAGAAGGAUACAGAGUGGUGAUUAAAAAUUCAGAUCGCCUUGCUAAGGACAGAGUAGCAGAGGAUUUCACUUGGGCGCAGUGGGACACACAGGCUCAGAGGCUGUUUAUUCUCCUCGUGACGAAACAGUCUUGUCUGAAGUGUAUUCAGUUUUAUCCAGAGCAUAAUUUUGAGACAUUGCUUGAGUUGCCUUUGGUUUUACCUACAAACCCGACUACCACAGUAAGACUUGUUAAUUUUGGGUAUGAUCAUUAUCAAGAAGAGAAGAAAGCAGAUGAAGGGUUGAACAUGCACGUUCUCACAAGUAAAACAGGAAGCAUGUGUGUGUGCUACAGUCACCCUGUACGUGCCACUGAGGAAGUCUCAUACACAGUUGCUUUUGUUCAUAGAGGUUACAGUAAAACAUUUACAGUGGCUUUGGAAGGAGCUGGUGCCCCUCUUCUGAACCAGAUGUUUUGUAUAAACCUGGAUUUUUAUGUAGCUGUUUGCUUGCCAGGACACUACCUGCAUUUUAUUAACACUAGACAUCCCGAUUUAGCUUGCCACAGUCUCUUUCUAUCAGGUGAAGACGCCAGCAUCCAUUCAUUAAACCCCAACAGCACUGUACUGUCCCUGUCCGAAGCCAUGGUGUUAGAUGUUCAGGCAGGGAAGGUGUUUAAAGCAAGCAUGAGCCAGUCAUCCCUGCUGGAGCUCCUGUACAAGAGCAGGCAGGACUGCCACAUUUUGGCAGCACUGCACUGUGCUGUCAUAUAUCUUUCAUCGGACGCUGAUGUAGAACUGGAGAUUAUGCGCUGGAUUUGUGACAAUGUAACAAGAUUAGGCAGUUUUGAUCACAUUCAGGAAUUCCUAUUGGCUUCGUUGUAUGGAAAAAUCCAUCUGCAGUCUCUCUGCCUGGAUAAAGUUCUCCCUUACACGACCAUGGUUCACUGGGAAGGGGAAAUUCCCAGUGUCACGUGCACCACUGAACUCCUGUCACAGCCUGUUUUAAGAGAAAAGGCUAGAAAUCUCAAAGGAUAUUGGGAAGAAUUACACUGGAACAUGGAAACUAUGAAGUAUUUAGAUGCCGUUCCAAAUCCAAGAUACAAAAACAAUCUAAUCAGCGGGGAGUGGACUAAAUUACUGGCUGAAAUGAACGCUGAGGAAAAGAAGAUGUCCACUCAAUUAAGACAUGUCCUGGAGAACACCAAAAAGGUUCUUUCAAUUGUCGACACUUGGUGCUUGGAUAAGAGGGUGGUUCCACUCUUCCAAGAGGAGGAUAACCAGCAGAGGGUGCUCAUCGGCUUGAUGGUGGACAAGCUCAGAGAGCACCUUUAUAGACACGUCGGUCAUCUGGGAAAGAAAAAGAUUGACACGCUGGUUGUUAAUUAUGUUGCAACGCUGCUGGAGCUGGUCAGGCAGAUACUGGAGACAAUGUGGAUUAAAUAUAGUCUCAGCUUCCAAGUGCUUUGCUUCAAACAGCAAGGCAGCUCUGCUGAGUGGGCUGUGUUCCAUGUGAUGAGCAAGAUAUUGGAAGCUGCCAAAGGCCUGUGUUUGCCACUGCCUCCCGGGUUUCACUCUCUUCACACUGUGCUGGGGGUCCGCUGUCUUCCCAUUCACACGUUUCUGCUAUACAUCGACCAUGGUGUACUUCACCUGACUGAAACCUUUGUGACAAGACUCCUGAAAGAUCUUGACAACAGUGAGGCAAAUGAACAGCUGAAGUUCAGUAUUAUGAACAGACUUCCAGAGUCGUUGGGACAGAAGAUCUAUCAGCUCUGGGAUCACCCUAUCAGUUCUGCCUGCAUAGCCAGAAACUACGUCAAGAAUCUAUUGGCCAAACCUCAGAAAAAACAGAGCUCCUACUCAACUGAAAGAGAGAGGUCAUUUUUACAGCCAGAGUUCUUGCCACUCAGCUACUUGGCCAAAACACUUUCAGAUGUGGAAAAUCAAGCAUUGAACCCGUUUGAAGAGCAAGAGAAUGUGGAUGCACAUUUUGUUGAAGAAAUAGCUCUCAAACAAACUUUUAUUCUAAUGGGCUUUGAGGAGAAAUAAAAACAAGAUUUGUCUGAAUGUCUGCUUGGCGGUGCUACUGAGAGAGAGAGAGACUUGGCUGGCAACCAUCUUGUUUAAACAAGCUUCUGAGGAAGAAGCCACUGGGUCAUAGGUUAUUAUUUUAAGCAGUGGGUAGGUAUUGGCUAUUAAAAUGAUACCGCUCUUCAUAUGCAGGGUGGCUUCAUACAGGUUCUACUGUAUGAAGUCAAAUAAAACUGGAUAUUGUGAAAUGGUUUAUUGCAGAAAAAUGCAAAUAUUUAAUAUUUCUAAGAAAAGUGAUAUGAUACAGUCUAUUUACAGUGAUGACGUGUUAUGAAACUGUGUGGUUAAUUUAACUUCUGUAAUAGUUUUCUUUUAGUUUCAGUUCUGCUUUAUUAAAGUUUAUAUAAUGUAAGUAAAUAUUUUCUAUGUAGGUUAUUUUACAUUAUGUACAAUUAAACAUUCCAAUAAUGCAAUGUAUAUUCAGCCUAAUGUAUGUAUCAAUGCAUUUAUUUGAAUAACACAAUUAACAAGAGGAACUGGCAUAAAAGGGAUUUUUUCUAAGUUUGGUACAUUGGAAUGCAAAAAAUAAAAGUGAAUAUUGUUAA